AUGGCUGCUGAAGGAUGGCUGGAAGAGACGGUGAAGUUGUUGGGUUUCUGGGUGUUCCGGGCAGUGGUGCUUUCGAGCAUAUCCAUGCAUCUUGUCCUCGCCAUCUUCUCCGAGAGCUGCCGGCAUGAAGGCCACGGGUGGAAGAGGCGGUUCAUAUGGGUGGCGUAUCAGGUGACUGAGUGGGGCCCAAUGUAUGUCCUCGGUAACCUUUACCUGGACACCACGCCGCAAGAGAAGCUGAUUGUUGCGUUCUGGGUGCCGUUCCUCCUGCAACACCACGCUCGCCCGGACAACAUGAGCGCCUACUCCAUGGAGGACCAUGAGGCCUGGGCACGCCGGAUGCUGCUGGUUCCCGUUCAGUCAUUCGGGGCCAUCUAUGUUUUGUACCGGUACAUACUUGAAGACCCUGGCACGGGAAGCCUGCGCCAAGCGUCCUGCAUCAUGUUGUUCCUGGGCAUUUUCAAGUAUGUUGAGAGUGCGGUGGCGCUACGGCGAGGUGACUCGGCCGUUGUCCGGAGCUCAUUCAAGCAACUGCCAAGUAGCUUGGUCGAUGAUGAUUUUGGUGAAGUCAAGAACCUGGAGCUAGAUGAUGAGAAGGCCCUGUUGGUUGCUCACAGCCUGUUUGACAUCUGCAAGGGUACGUUCUCUGAUUACCCGAUGGAGUACAUAGAUCGUGUUGCCAUCAGAAGCAUCUUUGCUGGUAGAUGGAAGACUAUGUUCAAGGUGGUGGAGAUGGAACUCUCCCUCAUGCACGACAUCCUCUACACCAAGGCAUCCGUGGUCCACACCUGGGGUGGCUACGCCAUCCGUCUGGCCUCGCCGCCCCUCACCGCAGCAGCGCUACUGCUGUUUUGGCUUGAUUAUAAAGUAGACUUGGAGCGAAUAGACACGGUUAUCACUUACACAUUGCUUUGGACGACCCUUCUCCUCGACAUGGUAUGGCUUCUCAGAGCACUAGUGUCAACCUGA